UGGCAAACCAGCUGGGAAUUUUUUAUCAGAAUUUUCCUUUAGUUUAAUUUUCGUCCCAAUUUUCAAAACCGGAGUUUUUAACGGCGUGAUGUUAAAUUGACAACGUAUAAUAUACUUACAGUGCCAUAAAAUUGAUGUCUUGGUUAGCAGAUUUCAAGCUUGAAUUGAUUAUAACAUGGGUUCUGACAGUAGCCCACUGUGCAUGGGGGGAUCCGGGGGCGGAUGAGAAUCUACUGCUGAUGUACGAUGGUGCCCCCCAUUUGGUGUCCAGCAGAAGCACCAACCUACAGUACCCAUUGUACAUAAAUCCACCCUACAUAACAGCAUCCGUGGAUGUCUUGAACACCUGCGGUCUUUACGAUUUCGAGGAACUGCCCUUUGUGUGGACUCCCCUUGCAUUCGACAACUUCACCUCAAUCAUAUUUGAUCUGAAGACUGCCCACAAAAUACUGCAGAUCAAACAGUUCAUCUACCACAAUUCCACCUCUACAGAGUCCAAACCUGCGAGUGACUUUGUGACUGACUUCAAAUGCGGCUUCUCAGAGAGUCGAAUCAUCUUCGGGUCGUAUCCCGACAAAUAUGAAGAGUUCAACUGCGGCUGUUUGUGGAACCCGCCAGAUGGGACAACAAUCAACGCCCGCUUCAUUCUGAUCCAACCCGAACCCUCCCUUCCUUCAAGUGACGUCAUAAACAUCGCCAGUGCCUUCAUACCCUAUGUCGAGAAGCUCCCGAGUGUUCCUAGAAUCGCGUACCACGAGAUCAGUCGAUUCUACUUUGGGUUCCAAGCUCGGGUCGGAGUGAAAAUAUUCCAAGACAGUCAGGCUAAUUGCGGACCUUCAAUGGAGGUACAAGUGUCGAGAAACGGAAGAGUUUUAGUGGAGAGCUCGACGAAUAUUGUUGGAAUGGAACACGCUGUUCAUUUGCUCUGGGAAACUUUGGAGGAAUAUGAAAAGUGUGCUUUCACCUUCCAAAUUGAGGCUUUUCAGUACAGCUACAACGACGUAUAUUCUUUCGCAGUGGAUGGAUACAGCUUCACUGAGAAACUUGAGAUUCUACAAGACCCAGGAGAGCCGGACUACUUUUACAUUCAACUGAACGAGGGUAACUUUUUCGUCACGAUUACGUCAUACAGCUCCGACAACUCGGAUCCAAUCGGCUCUCUCGACUCGGUCAAAUCGGCAUGUCUAGCCGAGAAGGGAGCGGAUGUCCUGAGCAAAUACUUUUUCAGUGUUUUUCAAGCGGGAGGCACAAACUACUUGCUUCAGUCUUUAGUUCACAAGACGCUGGGGACCAAAAUAGGCGAUGACGUCAGUGGUAGUGUCUUUGUAUUUCUCAAAGAUGAAGUGAUUUUGUGGUGUGCGCAUAUCGACCCAGCGACUGGAGUUUUUGACGUGUAUGAAUGUUCUGGUCAGUCAGUUGCCGGCGUCUUUUGUUACUUUUACGAAGCCGAAGUGAAUGCCAUUCCAAUUUUGCAAGACUCUUGCGCGGUUCAAGAGGAAGGAGCGAAAGCUAUUGUCAGCUUCACAGCCAGGCCUUUAAUAAUCGGAUCUCUAGUGCAACGUGAGAUAACGUGCGACGGUUUUGAUUCUUGGGGCGAAUCUCUUAGCGGAAAGUUGAGACAGUUCACUCUUUCACAGGGCGACACGAUUCAUUACUCGAUAGAAGUUCGCAUAGACGAGGAGCUUGUGGAAAUCAAUUGCUACUGUGGUCGUCGAAAAAACGACAGGAUCUACACUCCCACAACAGGUGUUCUGAACUUGCCCUUGAACUUGAACUCUGACAUCGUAAUAACCAGUCCUCCGCUUUACAGUGGAAUUGCAUAUUUCUUAGAAUCAGACUUUGGAGGUCCGUAUGAAAUAGUGGUCGAAACAUCAGGAUACCUGAUCGGAAGGUUCGGAUACAGGUUUCAACCAGCGUCUGGCGAAUGGAGCAGAAAAUUCGAAGACGAAGAUGCCAUCAGUACAUCUAAGGAGUAUGUUUGUUCGGGCUUCAAUCUUAUGGUUAAAGCGACCGGCAAGAAGCCUUUCAGCUAUCUGGCUCCCACAGACUCGGGACUGUUUUGGUUUUCGAUAACAGCCGGAGGUGAAGACAAGGAACUGAUAACUGAGUUUGUCCACCCAUUUGGGAUCCACUGUGGAACUACUUGUGUCGACAAUGUGAUGCCUGGUUCCAGUGUUAGAGUUUGGUGCACGAUUAAGCAUCAUCUUCUGGUUGCUUCUGAACAUUUCGAAGUAGAACCAGAAAGCCAACCUUUUCAUUUGAGGUUCUGGAAAAGCGAGUACCACUCCGACAUUCCAGAUUACAACCGGUUGAAUCCAUGUGAAUACAAGAAUCAAGUUGAAACUCCUUUGGUGUACUCGCCUAUUCUAGGAGAUUUGUUAACGUUUUCCAUUUUUCUCCGAACUGCGAACGUUUCCUUUAUUCUCUACAGUGCGCAAGAAUGGAACGUUGGAACAUAUUAUUUGGAAGUUUCGACUGCCAAUAAAUCGUUGUGUUACUAUUUUGGACCUUCCAAAAUUGGCACCGACUGCACCGGUAGAAUUAUUCCGGUUACUUUCGAUGACGUAAACAGCUGUUCGCGAGAUAGUAACGAUCAAUUUAAGUUGUUCAGAAUAACGCUGAACCAAAAUGUCGGCAGAGUCUAUUUACCCGAAGAAAGUUACUCUAACAAUUCACGCGCGCUUUACCUGGGAGACGGCGCGCCGUACCUCGACAACAACGACUACCGCUACUUCUACAAAAUAGUGAUGCACGCUAGUGAUGCUAGGCCUGAAGAAGUUUGCGCAUCUGAAGGCGGGGAAUAUGUUGUGAAUGGAUUUGACCCCGUUAUAAACAGUAUUAUUGAUGAUGAUGACGGAAAAGCUGUAGCCUAUCAGAAUUUUGACCUGAACUUAUUCUGGCUGGCUCUAACAUGCAACGCGUAUUUACAUUACACAGCUAAUCCCCAACCUUCAGACCCGAAAUCGAUCUUUUUCACUGUUCGAAAAAAGGAAAUUGUGUAUGAAAGCAAAACUGUUCAGUUCUUUAGCGGUCAAUUUUUUAAAGACCCAGAUACCGAUGAUGGACCCAAAGGUGCUCUGUGUAAAUUCAGACGGGGUGUUUUGUGGAACCUCUACCAAGCGCCAACGGAGUGUAUGUAUCGACCUUUGGACCUCAAAAUUGGGAUGAAACAAACAAUAUAUCCUGUGAUUCAUGGCGAGAUUGGAGUGGACAUCGAAUGUCAGGCGUUACCGCAUGGUUCUUACAUCAACCAAUCAUACAGUGAUGUAAUGCCUCUUAGUUUUGUAGAAUAUAGCAUCCCGUAUCCUGAAGAAAGAGAUGUGAACGCAUUCCGUUGUAUUCAAAAAACGUCUGGAGGCUUAAGAUACCAGCCAGUUAGCUGGUUCGAUUUCACUUUCAACAGUUUGCCAGUUGAAUUGAUAACGGAUGCUGAAAUUGAGCCUCUGGAUUAUUGGUGUUGGGACGGCAAUGUUACUAUGAAACAACCAUGCUACGGUCGGAAUGUAGCAUUACGUGCGUGUCUUGAAGCAAACCCGUUCGGAUCCUGCAACUGGGUUCGACUGCAUGCCUUCGAUAGUGACUCACCGCUGGUUCAGGGGGAAAAGGGCAUCACUUGGUAUGAUGAACUAGACGAAAACCCACAAUGUACAACUACACGACGUUGUUUCUACAUCAACUUCAGUCCUCUGGAUGCCUUUAAACAUAAUGGCAUGUAUUACUUAAAUUGUUCUGACGGAUUAGAAGGAACGGUAGCCGAAACAACCUUGCGCCGACAGACCAGAUUUUUCAAGAUCACGGGUCAUCAGUCAGGUCCAGUGGGGGACUACUCAUUUGAUUAUGCGGUCAUUUGCGGGGAAGAAAGAGGUCAAGUUGUAGGUCGAAUUCCCAUGUAUGGUUCGAACAUAGUCGCAACUGUUUCUUGUACAGGAUCGGGUAAUGAAAAUAUUAUCGCUGAAACUAUCCCAUAUGACACUGGAGUUUCAUUGGUCCAGUUCGAACUCCCGAACGCCGACAAAGAUGUAGAAUGCAUAAUGACGAGUACAAACAGUUUUGCCCCCGAGAACCCUUUCGUGCUUGCAGACUCGGUUAAAAACCACCAAAUUUGGUCACGUUUGGAGAUAGUUGAAACAGAUCGCAACGCGGAUACUGUUUCGAUCUGCUGCGAAGCAUGCGCUCUGAAUGUAAACCCACGGAACGUUGAGUUGGUUUGCUACAAGUUAAGUGACAAUCUUAUGAUUCUUUAUAACCACAACACCACUUACGAAUACGAUGAUACGAAAUAUGUAGCGAAACGUUGCGUUGAAGUUCCCCGGGAGUUCGGCGACGCUAAAUGUAGAUGUAAGCUCUUCAACAGCGUGCGAAGCACUUUUACUAUUUACAAAAAUGGCGACGUAGAAAUGGUCACAGACACACCUGACGCGUUUGAAGUGAUGGCACAACCUGCGAAUAUUUCGGACUCGUACGUUACUCUAAAACCUGAUCAAGACUCUGAUAUUCCUGCUACGACAACAAGAGAUCCAAACUUGAACAACAACGAACCAGUUUUGUCGCCAGACGAUAGAUUUAUAAAUAUUUAUUUGAACAACAUCCUAGGGGUAUCAUUGUACGGCGAAGCUAUUGAAGACGGAAUGUUGAAAGCCACUUUUCUUGGCAUAAACAGACUAAUCGGCGACGAACUGACGGAAGAAAGAGCAGUUGAAAUCUUGGCGAUGUUCAAACAAAUCCCCAACGUUGCCCUCAUCUCAACUCUCGAAAACCCGACAACCAACGACCUCAAAGAUUUGACGACGAGUGUUGGCGACAUAUCUCUCGACUUCUUCGAGACAGUUGUGUCUCGCUGCGAUGCUCUAAAAAGCAACGAGUUUGCAAUGUUAGAUCAAAUCAACGCCUUCGAAAACUACAUUCAUUGGCUGAUGAAAUGGAGCUUGGAAGGAUUCGAUAUCUUCAUGGAGACCCAAUACACGACUCUGAAGGCCAUUCAUUUGGACUCUGUUCAAGCUUCCACAAAUACUCCUGAACAGUUUAAAAUAAAACACGUGGAUUUGCAUGGUGUUACGAGACAUACUAUUCAAGAGGGUUUCAUCUACACAGAAAACGUCACUUCUCAAAUAGAGGCAGGUUACACAAUAGUGAUGUUACUACUUAACCGACAGAUAACUCAGUCGAAACAAAGGAAAGCGUCUCUUCCAGUGUCCACUCCGCUGGGAGUCCAUAACAGAUUCAGAAUGAACUCUAAGUUCACGAAGCGAGUGUCCGAUUUGUUCGUGGCUAGUUUGUCCACGCCUAACUUGACAGUUGUUCAUUCUAUCGGAGCUCAGUUCGCUCUCAAUUACCACGAGAGAGUGCCCCUUCAUGUUGAGGAAGGAUUGUACACUACUCGGACUAGUUCGCACUGUGCCUUCUUCAACGAGGAAAGCCAGAGAUUCAACAUGAUGAAGGAUGAAGAGGCAGUGGUUUAUAUGGAGGCCACCCGAGCCAUCUGCAAGUCCCCACACACCACCGUCUUCUCAGUUCUCACCCUUGUAGACCAACAAAAGGAUGACCCAGUUGUACUGGAGUCUUUCCACUGGAUCUCCCAGCUGGGUUUCAUCUUCGCCACUCUCCUCGCCCUCCUCGCCUUUUUCAUCCUCCUCUACCUGUUCGAGGAUCUGGACAAGGAGUUCGUCCUCCUCAGAAUGACAUUCCUUGUAGCCAUACACCUGGUGCUGAUUGGAUACCUGCUGGGCGGGGAUAGGGAAGUGACGGGCAUUUAA